AUGCAAGCCAGACACGCCAAGAGCAACCAGACACGCCAAGAGCAACCCAGACACGCAAAAAGCAACCCAGACACGCAAAAAGCAACCCAGACACGCAAAAAGCAACCCAGACAAGCAAAAAGUAACCUAGACAAGCAAAAAGCAACCCAGACACACGAAAAGCAACCCAGACAGACCAAAAGCAACCCAGACAGACCAAAAGCAACCCAGACACACCAAAAGCAACCCGGACAAGCAAAAAGCAACCCAGACACGCAAAAAGCAACCCAGACACACCAAAAGCAACCCAAAUACGUCAAGAGCAAGCCAGACACGCCAAGAGCAAGUCAGACACGUCAAGCGCCACCCAGACACGUCAAGAGCAAGCCAGACACGCCAAGAGCAAGCCAGACACGUCAAGCGCCACCCAGACACGUCAAGAGCAAGCCAGACACGCCAAGAGCAAGCCAGACACGUCAAGCGCCACCCAGACACGUCAAGAGCAAGUCAGACACCCGUGAGUCAAAGCCGGACACGUCAAGCGCCACCCAGACACGUCAAGAGCAAGCCAGACACCCGAGAGUCAAAGCCAGACACGUCAAGCGCCACCCAGACACGUCAAGAGCAAGCCAGACACCCGAGAGUCAAAGCCAGACGAAAGUGGGAAGCGAGAGAGAGACAGCUGUGGGCGGCCUGUACCCUUGA